GGCGAUGAGGAUGGAGGCCGGGGAGGCAGCGCCGCCGGCGGGGGCGGGCGGCCGUGCGGCGGGCGGCUGGGGCAAAUGGGUGCGGCUGAACGUGGGGGGCACGGUGUUCCUGACCACGCGGCAGACGCUGUGCCGGGAGCAGAAGUCCUUCCUCAGCCGCUUGUGCCAGGGCGAGGAGCUGCAGUCGGACCGGGAUGAAACGGGGGCCUACCUCAUUGACCGGGAUCCCACCUACUUUGGGCCCAUCCUGAACUUCCUUCGGCAUGGCAAGCUGGUGCUGGACAAAGAUAUGGCUGAGGAGGGGGUCCUGGAGGAAGCCGAGUUCUACAAUAUCGGCCCCCUGAUCCGUAUCAUCAAAGACCGGAUGGAGGAGAAGGACUACACCGUCACUCAGGUGCCACCCAAGCACGUGUACCGUGUGCUGCAGUGCCAGGAGGAGGAGCUGACGCAGAUGGUUUCCACCAUGUCUGAUGGCUGGCGCUUUGAGCAGCUGGUGACCAUCGGCUCCUCCUACAACUACGGCAGUGAGGACCAGGCCGAGUUCCUGUGCGUGGUGUCCAAGGAGCUCUACAGCGCCCCCAACGGGCUGAGCUCCGAGUCCAGCCGCAAAUCCAAGCUGUUACAAGCCAGAGGCACCCGGAUGUGAGGCCUCCAAUCACUUCCAGGGACUUGGGGUUCCCAUCUGACACCCUUGCUUUUUGUACCACGGGGUGGGUCCCUGACCCAAGUCGGAGGAAACGUGACCCCCUCUGCCACUUCUGUCUGCACCUGUGGGGGUCUGUGGGACUCUCUCAAGCUCUGAGUUGGCCCAGGUGUGGCGCUGUCCAGCAGUGUCUCCCCAGCGCCUCGGUCCCCUCCCGGAGGACCCCCUGCUGCAUGAUGGAUGCCCUCCCUCCGGGCCUAGCCUUGUCACCUCCUUGAGCCUUAGUGUCCCUGUCUGUCAGCCAGAGAACUCCUUGUGCCCACCUACCUCACAGGGGUGUUGAGAGGGUCGGGGGUCUCUGGGGCAUGGAGCACUGGGGGGGCGGGCCCUUCACCCUACCCUGGGGCCUCCUAGACCGCCUGACCCCACCACACACUGCUUGUAGAGGCGCAGAUGCUGCUGGGGGAUGAAGAGCGUGGGGUGGGUAGUGUCUGGGGGGCAGGUGGCUUGGCCUUUACCUCGGGUCCCCGCCACCCCCAUGGUUGGGGAGUGGAGCCACAGAGCCAGGGAGGUACUCAGGGACAUGUGGGAAAGGGAGCCACUUCUCCCUCUGUCCAUGGGAGGGGCGGGGCCCCUCGACACCCUCCCCUCCCCCCACCAUGGGUCCUUGCUUCUCAGCUGUGUCUGACCCCGCCCUGUAAUAAAACCUGACGAAUGGC